AAUAAGAAGAAUAUUAUAUAUUAUUGUUUUUGUAGUCUUACAAUAUAAUUGAAUAAUAUUUUGAUAUCCUUUCAACAAUCAUCAUAAAACAAAAUUUGUCAUGGUAUGAUGAUUCCAUACAAUAGUGGUUGAAUAAUAAAAAAAAAAAAUCUUAAGUCACUGUCAACAUUGCUUACAAGUAUAAUUAAAGUUGAAGUAUUAGAAAAAUGUCAAGUCAGUUUUUGUACUCAACAGAUAGCAGCAUCUGCAAGAUAUGACCAACAAUAAAAGGCAGGCUUGAGGAACAAUUGGACAGUAGUUUUCAUUGGAUCGCCUUUCCUGCAGUACCUGAAAAAAAUCCAUAGAAGCCAGUCAUAAUGAAAUAUAUUUUGGCUAUCAUUUUGUUGAGUGCUUCAUUGCUGGCCUCAGAAGGAGCCAAAAUCCUGAUAGUGCUGCCCAUGCCAUGGUUCAGCCACACCAAUACCUUCAUGCCAGUCUUCAAAGAGCUUGCUAAGAGGGGUCACCAGGUGACAAUGGUGUCGCCGUUUCCUCAGAAGAAACCUUUGCCUAACUGGACAGAUCUUACUGUAAAUGCCACACCAUUAAUAUCUGUCAUGGAGCAUCACUUAGCAGAUAGAGUUACCAGUGGGCAUAAUACAUAUAUGUUCUAUCCUUCUUCAUGGAACUUUUUUACUGAGGUAAUGGAAACAGCAUUUCAAGACCAAACUUUACAAGAAGUAAUAAAAUCAGAGAAUCUAGACUAUGAUCUUGUGAUAACCGAACCAUUCUAUGGCCAUGAACCAUUAGUGGCGCUUGGGCAUAAACUGAAUGUUCCCGUUGUUGCGAUACAUCCCUUGGGCCUAACUCCUUGGGGAGCUUAUUUGUCCGGAAAUGAAUUGUCUUUCCAUCUAAUGCCAAAUAUCCGCACAGCUUACACAAAUGAAAUGACAUUUUUCCAACGCUUUGAUAAUUUAUUGAUCAACUCGAUAGAAUUUUCUAUAGCGUAUUUCCAUUACAUUCCAACAAAGGAAGGACAAAUGAAUAAGUAUAUGGUUUAUCCUGGCAGCGACAAUCGACCAUCGAUGCUCACUAUGUUAAGGAAUGUUUCAUUAACAUUAGUUGAUUACCACUCUUCUGUUCUCUACCCAGAACCACUUCAGCCUAACACGAUUCCUGUCGGAGGGCUCAGCAUAUCGCAUGUUGAAGAAUUACCAAAGGAUUUGAAAGAUAUUCUGGAUAAUGCAAAAAAAGGAGCAGUACUUUUAAGUUUUGGUUCAUUAUUCCGAGGUAAAACUCUGGAAUCUAGAGUGCUGUCGGUACUUUUUGAAACUUUUGCUGAAUUGGACCAAGUAUUGAUAAUGAGGUGGCACACUGAGGACAUCCCCAACAAACCAAACAAUGUUAUAAUAAAAACAUGGAUGCCACAACCCAGUAUAUUAGCUCAUCCCAACCUCAAGUUGUUCAUAACUCAUGCUGGACUUCAUGGAAUUACAGAAGGAGCCUACUUUGGAAUACCUCUUAUAUGCAUGCCGUUGUUUUCUGAUCAAGAAUUUGACUCGAGAUUUGUUGAAAAAGCUGGUUUUGGAACUGUUCUUCUUCUAAAAGAUUUCAACAAAGAAAGUCUCCUUGCUAAUAUUAACGAAGUAUUAAAAAAUCCCAAGUACAAAAGAGCAGCAUUGGAAAGAUCUGAAAUAAUAAAAGACAGGCCACAGACAGCUCUUGAGUCAGCUGUUUAUUGGGUCGAGUACGUCAUCAAGCACAAAGGGGCAGCCCACCUCAAACCUGCCAGGCUGCAACUGUCGCUGUAUCAGAUUUUAGGAUUAGACAUUGUCAUCUUUCUUCUAUCUCUCCUGGCAGUUUUAACUAUAUUCAGUUGUAAAACUGUUUCUUUUCUGAAAUCACUAAAAUGUGAGAAUUCAAUCAAAACUAAAAAAGAAUAGUUUUAUUUAAACUUUGCACCAAAAAAAAAACAACACAUCAUUAAUUACUUUUUCCCCCAACAAAACAAGUUAUAAUUUUACAAGAUAUUAAAAAAAUUAUUUCACUACAAUUAUUUAUCUAAAGUAACAUUAUCUUCGUAGUAACAAAGAAAAAGAAAUAAAAGAUGAUUCCUAUUAUUGGCCUAAAAAACUUUUUUUUUCAUCAUCAGUAAUUAGCUAAAAAAAAAUAAAGCAUUAUUUCAGUAACACAUUCAAAAAUAAAGAUCCAAGCAAAGGAUACAACCUUUGUAGUAAAACAUAGAAAAAACAUCUAGAGACCAUAUCUUUGCUCCAAAUAGUCCGAUUUUUUUUUUACUUUUAGAAAAUUUUGUAAACUUUUGAAUAACUAUCUUCUUAUAAUAAUAAACUUUUAAAGAAACAUCUUGUCACAAUAUCGACAAAGAAGUGUAUACUUUUUGAGUUAUUCGGAAUCUAAUUUUACCAUCCCGCCUAACUUAUUUUCCAGCUUCUUUUCGUUGAAAUAUGUUAUAUAGAUAAAUUUAAAGGGCAUCAAGAAGAAGACUUUAGCCAAGUUUCAUUGAAAUUGGAACAUUCAGUUAGGCGCUACAGUCUAUAGCAACGCUGAUUUUUCGGCCGCCAUCUUCAAAGGAAAAUGCGGAUGGUAAUGAAGGAGGAUCAUCCUUGGGUGACUUCUAAAUUUAAAUCGAAAUUUGAAAAAAAUCGGUCCAGUAGUUUCGGAGAAAAUGCGUGAACGGCGGAUAGACAAAAACAUUUUAUUCGUUUUUCGAAUUAUAUGUAUCCUGAAACGUAAAACCUCAAAUUUUGAGAGGGGGUUAAGUUUUUGAAUUUUUUGUUCGAUUAAAAUGGUUCAUUAUUGAAAAUAAUAAAGCAAAAACAAUAUAAUUUCAAAAUUUAUUUAAACAAUAAAAAAGUAUAGUUAUUUUUUCAAAUAGCUAAUGUUUUUUGUUUGAUAUUAAACAUUAUUGUACUGAGAAAGAUGGGCCAGUUGGUGCAGCUGAACUUACUUUGAAUCCUAUCUUCCUAAUUGAGUUUCUGUUGACAGAAAAUUAGUUGGCUUUGUUUCAGCAUGAACUGCAAUCUGACAAUAAAUACCUUACAACAGUUUGGAGUUCAGUUGUACCACAUUGUCAUCCAAGGAUAGCCUAAGGUACAAAAUUGUGCCCCUCUACCUCGGUCUAUGGUGGAACUGGGUUGUUUAUUUGAUUAUAUGUAGCUGAACCAUUUAAAUCAAGAAGAGGCAGAUAUAUUUAAGGGUAGGUUAAAUUUUUUUAACUUUUUAGGCUCGAUUAUGUAAAUUUUUGUUAAUAAGCUGUUUUUUAUCAUAGCAUUAGUCACAAGAUAAUGCAGAAAAAUGUUUGAGCUGUGUUAAUUUGUUGUAAAUGAAAAAGAUUGACUAAUAAAUGUGAUAUGGUAUGGAAAACAAAUAUAAAUAAAUAUUUUUAUAAUAUUUAUUUAUUUUUAUAUAUUAUAAUAAAUAUAUAUAUAUUUAUACUGAUAAUAAAAUACAUUUGUGACAAACAAAAUAAAUAUAAUACAUUAGACGGUUAUAAAAAGCGUGGUAAUUAAUUGUUUCAAAUAAUGUUUCUUCCCGUCUACAAUUUUUAAUAGCUUCCUUUUGUCUUAAAAUACUUAUUUCUGCUAAGAAGUUGGUAAGUGAAAGUUGUAGUAUGAUGGACACACCACACCAGAUUUUUUUUUAAUAAUGUGUUACAGAGAAUUAAUUUUUUGUUAACAUUUCUUACAUUUUUCAUAAUAACAUAACUAUUAAUGGAAUCAAGAUUGGAAUUGGAGCCCACUCGACUGGCUGGAUCAAGGUGUGGCGAGGAGUACUCCAAGGCGGCCCAUUGUCAUCCUCGCUGUUCAUAUAUACUGCGACCUGUGUGAACAAGAAUUUUCCAACCACUAUGGAUAUAAAUUAACUAGCAACCAAGAAUGUGAGGUCCUCAUAGGCUUCGUGAUUGACCAGGCUGUUACAGUACGUGACAAGGAUGGAUUAUCAAUGGUGAGCAGAGGAUCCUUAUCGAGAUUGAUCUCGCUAUUAAUUAACAGAAAAGCGUGGGCUUAAUAAUCAAGAAAGAAGAGCUGCAACAAAGCUCUCCCUAGAGAACAGAGAAAUUAUUAAUUAUUUAGGAUGUACGUAUUAUCGGACUCCCUGCUAAUACAUCAACGGCAAUGUUCUAUGCACCUAGGAGUUUUCGCGGAUUGGGCCUGAUCCACUGUCAAUGGGGUCCUCCUUUGCAGCAUUGGUCCAUUGCCCAGUGGCUGCCUAAUGUACAGGAUGCCCUGUUCCAGUCCACAUUUAAUUAUAAUGCAGAAAGACUGGAAGUGGAUUAGGGCCACCGAAGCAUGAGAGCACUACGAUAGUCACUAAGAGAAAACUCUUUCGAAGAAUAGGUCAGCUGCAGGUGGCAAGGGAUUGGAUACUUUAAAGAAACCCCAAAAGCCAAUAAAUAAAUAAGCCAGAAACAAGUGGUUUCGGAGUCAGAAUGGUCCAACGCCUUAAAACCAAACAUCAAAUACGCACCUUUACGUUGAGUCCCAGGAGCCAGUGGACAGUGGAAGAAAGUUGGGUCUAUCUGUCGUAAGUGCGGCAGAGAGUCUGGAACACCAGCCCAUGUGCUGGUAAAAUGUCCCACCAGCUCCCUCCUCAUAACACGUCGGCAUCAUAGAGUCAAGUUCGAGGUGAUGAGGUUACUCAGAGAAAAGGAAUACACCUGCUUUGACGAGGUCUAUUUUAUCGACAGUAAAAGCUCUACAAGGUAUGCGGAUAUUGCCGCGUUUCCCAGGACAGUGCUGAUCUUGCAUCCAACUGUCCCCAUUGAGAGCAAUGAUCUCGAUCAGGCGGGUGGUUAGGUCCUAAAAGAGAAAUUACGUGAGACCUUCGGAGAGAGAGUUCACCAUGAGAGGUCUCUGUUGGGGAGCUUACAAUAUUGGACGAAUAUAAUUUGGAUUCCCUGGGGAUCAUCCACUAUCAUUUAUAUAAUAAUUGAGGAUGUCUUUUAUUAAUUAUUUAUUCAAUUUUAAAUUUUUCUAUUAUCGUCUUGUCUACAUUAGGGAAAUUACUUUGGUAUAUAUGUAUGCGAUGUAAUGUUGAAUUCCUGGCAUUUGAUUUUUUUGUUUUUUUUUAACAAGAUGUUGUUUUGCAAUGUUUAUAGUUUCUUGAUAAGAUUUAUUGUUAAUAAUUUAUAGGACUAGUGUUAUGAAAAGGGAGGAAAAAAAAAGAAAGAAAAGAUAUGUAUGUAGAUUGUAUGAAGCAAUCCUAUGUAGUAGGGCAGCAUUAAUUUUAAUAAAGCAUUUCUCUCUCAAUUGUCUGUAGUCAAUUUUCAAAGGUUUCGAUAGCAAUAAUGUUAUAAAUAUCAAGAACUAAAUAUUUAAAAAAAAUAUAUAUUUAUUAUAUUUCUACCAUUCUUUAAAGUUAUUAUUCAAUAAUAAUAGAUAAAUAAAGUUAGAGUGGGGUAGCACACUGGUAGGAUACAGAGCUACCGAAAAUUACUUAUUCUGUUUCAUUGGCCAUAGGGCGACCCUGGGUAGGUAGAUCCUCCUGGGCACACACAGCCUAUAUAAAGGUGGGAACCCUUAAUUAAAAUAUUUAAUUUAGUUAAAAUUUCUCAUAUUAUAUCAACGGUCAACCAUCUAUACAUCAUCCUUAAUUAAAAUAAUUAGUUAAGAGGAAAAAACUGGUGGUUGAGCGUGAUCUCUGUCAAAUCACCUCCUUGCACAACCAUAAACCAAGAAACAGUGCUUUCCCUAAAUAGUACUGAACCCAAGACCCUUCAUGGGUUGUAGUGGUACAGAAAAAAAUAAAUAAAUAAAACAUCAGAGAUCGAAAGAUUCUCAGUAUUAUGGAUUCAUCUACGAAAAAUACAAUACGAAAACAAAGUAUCAAAUAGUCUGACAUUUAUUAUUUAAACAAUGAAAAGUUGAAACAUUAUAUAUUUUUAUUUAUUUCUUUGAGUGUUUAGACUACUGGGUUCAUUUACACUGAAGUAUCUUUAGUCACAGGCUUUAUUUUUUAAUUUUGUUAUAUAUGUUUAUAGUUUUUAAAAAUUUAAUAAGCCGUGUCUGGGUUCUGUUUCAAUACUUCAUCUGGGUCUGUGGAAAAUCUGUAGGAGUUGUGAGCCAUACACUCUGCUUGUGUUAUACAUUUUUAAGUAUAUAAUAAUAUAAGGAAAGCCAUAUAUUUAUUUAUUUUUAAUGGAAUAACAAUUCAUGUAAUGACAAACAAAUUUUAAUAAAUGUAUAAGGCACUUAAAUCAAUAACCAUUCACUCAUCAUUGUAAAAGCCUCUCAGUUGAUUAAUUAUAAAAAAAUAUUAACCUUUUUAAAGGAAAAUUUAAAUUCUAAAAUAUUUGAAAAUUAUACCAAUCCAUUUCAAACUAUUAUUUUGGAAUAAAUUGUUUCCUACAACCAUUAUUUUUAUUGAAUGAAAGAACACAGAAGGUGAGGCUCACUUGCCUAGUUGCUACAAACAGAAUGCGUUUUGGUAAUAGAAAUAAAGAAAUUUAACAUAAGAAAGAGGAACAAGGCAUAAAUUUACAUCAACUAGCUAAUUAACUAUAACAAGAAAGCAAAUGGUUAACAUAAUUCAUUUGAUAUUAGUUUACAUCUAUUAUUUAGUUACAUAUCACAAGAAAACAAGAAAGGAAAUGAUAAACAAUAAUAAUUUGGUAUUAAUUUAAGAACAGUUGUGGAAAGAAUAACUUUUAAAGGACUCUUCAACAAUUGAUUUAUAACUAACAACAAAAUAUCAAUCAUCGAGGACAUAACGACUGUUACGAAAAAAAAAAUAUAUAUAUAUGUAUCAGGACUUGUUUUUUUUUCUUUCUAAAAAUUAAAUUUUGAUUACUUUGAAAUGCAAGUCUGCUUUUAUAUGAGAUUUUGAUAUCAUUAAAUAUAUAUACAUGUAAAUCUGUGUACAAAGAACACCAUCCACAUUCUCUAUUGAUUUUUACCUUCUACUCUCUCCUCCCUCACUUGUACACUGAGGCUUAGAAUAAUUUAAUAAUUGAUCUCUCAGAAUAUAAAUUAGUAUCUAAAAACAUUCCAAUUGUUACUAUUUUCAUUACAAGAAAAGAUAAAUAUUGAAGGAUUAUGGAAAAUCCAAUAUAACAAGAAAAAUGAAGAUUUAAUUUUGAUAAUUUCUCCAAAUGAAUACAUCGAUCGUUAAUCAUUCCUCUGGUGAAUGAUAAUGUAAAAAACAACAACAGUUUUUUAUAUAAAUAAUAAACUAACAAUAACAAUGGCUAUGAUCUUUUCAUUAAUUAAUAUAAAUUAUAAUUUGAUUAUUAUAUCAUAAUAUCAACAACGGCAAAAUGAAACAUAUUAAUUUUGAGAGUUACCUCUUCAAUUAUUAUUUUUCAUUUUUUAGUUGAACCAAAAUAUUUAGUUUGUAUUCUAUUUUAAUAUUUAAUCAAUAUAUAUAUUAUGUUAAAACCAAAUAAUGAUUUUAACUCAAUGAACCUUUAACUGGAUAUCCAGAAGCUUGGUUUACAUACUUGUAAUUAAUGAAAUGUGUGUUUGUCAGCCCACCAUCACUUACUUUAUUUGUCAGCCCACCAUCACUUACUUUAUUUAUAAUUGGUUGAGGCUUUAUAGUAUUUAUACAAGACACAGGUAUGUAAAUUCACAAAAACACACACACACACAUUUUUAUAUAUCUUUUUAUAAGUUUACCUUUUACUUAAUAAAUAACAAAGUCACAAUACUGAUCCAUUGAGUUGUAUAAAUAUUUUGAUAUUCAGGUGAUUUUUCUUAAUAACUAUUUCAGUUGUCCAAUACAAUUGAUUUUAUUGGAUUAAAAGGUAACCUGUUUUUUUUUGGUUAAUAAUUAAAUAAUAUGUUUAAAUUAUUGAUUAAAUUAAAAUAACAAUAAAUUAACAUAAAUAGUUACUUAGACACUACAAGAUGAGAUCACUAUUUCACUAAUACAACCAUUUUUGCUGUUUAAAUAUUUUUCAUGACAUAAUUUGAAUUAUAUUGAAAAAAACUUUCAUCAUGAUUAUAAUUAACAUACUAUACUUGUUACCUUCCUGAGUGAUAAUUGUUUUUUUAUAAUUAUUGUUAAUUAUAAAUAUAUUUAAAAAAUUUCUCAUUUGAUACAUCACUAGAAAGCUGAUUAAAUAAUUGAUAAUAAGCUAUAUAUCACAGACAAUUCUUAAGUCUCAGAAUUUUAUAGAUGGUACAGUAGUGGAGUGUUUAACUUUAAUAGUGAUUGUUAUACAGUGACUUAAUAAAACUAAAUAACUCCCUUCAACAUUGAAAUAAAAUUAUGAAUAGAUUACCAGAUAGAAACUAAGGAACAAAGUUAUAAAAAAAAAAAAUAGUUUGAAUUUGCCUUUGGGCUGAAGAAAUCAUUAAUAAUUAACAAUGUAUAAAUCAUCAAUACAUUAAAGUCAACAUCCUAUGUGCUACGAAGACUUGAUAGAAAAAUAUUUAGUCAUAAAACUUAAAACAAACUCUUCAAGUUAUGCUACUACUGACAUUACGUAAUACCCUCGGAAUGUUGAGCUUUCAGUUCUAAAAAAUAUAGGCCUAGCUCAUAAAUUAUUAUUCUCUAAAUAGCCUAAACUUGCUGAUAAAGAGAGUGGACCACCGCCACUGUGUGAUCCUUGUUUAGAAUCCGAUGACUCUUCUUUGGGGACCUGCGGGGAUCCCCUGAGGAGGUAAUCCAUGUCAUGGGAAAUGCUGGUGAGAACUUCGGAUGGACCAACUGUUCCAGACAAAUCUCCUUUCAACAAAUAGACUUGUUCCACGUCUCUGCCUUGUUCAAUUGCGGCUUUACUCCUAUUCUCUUCAUUAGCACCUGCUUGAAGAAUAUUGCUGGUUAUGCUGUUACCAGCUGACUGAGAGAUCUUUUUAGAGCUGUUUGGGUUUACUUCCAGGUCUACACUUUGCUCUGUCUUCUCAACUAAACAAAAUAGUUUUUAAAAAUAGAUCAGUAAUCAUCAAACUGUUUCAAAAAAUUUUUCUAAAUCAAAUUUUUAUUUUAAAAUGUUUUAAUCCGUUACAUGUGGGCAAUGAAUCAUAAUAUUAAUUGAAUUCAAAAUAUAUAAUUUAUAAGGAAUUUCGCAAAGGAGUUAACUUGGUUAUACUUACUUGCAGAUCUUUUUUUAAAAGUGACUAGUUUUGAUUUAUUAAAAAAAUUAUUUGGUAUUUCUUUCAUUUCUGCACCAUAUUCUCUGAUUGCAAGAGGAACAUCUUUGUUUUCUACUCCUGAUUCUUGGUUGGUAAAAACUAAAAAAUAAAUUCAUCGACUUUAAUGAAUUAGUUUAAUUUAUUAACUAAUUGAGAACUUUUUCUUAAUUUUUUAUGUAAACAAAUAUAUCUCAUUUUUAAUCUUAUCUUCAUAAGAAUGUCCUCUAGCAAUGUGGUGUAAUAGGUGAAUAAUAAAGAUAUAACCAAUUGUACUAACAGUUAAAUAAAUUAUAAGCUGAACCCGAACUACAUUGUCGAUCGCUGAUAGCUGUACUAAGCUCUUCAGUCCUAACCUGCUUAAUCAGCUGCAAGUUCGGGGAUGAUUCACUCUGAAGAAUGUAGCAAACAAAUAUCAGAAAUCCCUGUAACAAUUUCAAAACAUUGUUAAUAACAGAACUGUCCAUGAAAUUAUAAUAAAUGGGAUUAAUUCAGUUUUACAUUUGAAAAAUCCAUAAAACCAUAUUUAAUUUUUUAUGAUUUUCUAACACUCGAUAUUUCAAUAGUGGAUUCAUGCUACUCUAAUCAACCUGGCUCAAGCAUACGUUAAAAAAAGGUCUUUUCAUGUUCUUUUGAUGUUUAAGCUCAAAACAUCUAAGUCAUUGUCGCCCGUAAUAAAUUAAUGCUACUAUUAAAAUAUUUAGCUAGUAGCAAUUGAAAGUAAAAAUCAUAGAUGGUACAAAAUAUUAUUUGAAACAAUUAAUUACUACAUAUCUUUCUCAGUCUAAUAUAUUAAAUUUAUGCAUUUUUCUUCACUAAGAAUUUUCUUUUAUAACUGUAUAUUAUAAUUAUUUAUUUAAUUAUAAUAAAUAAUUAAAUUUCACGAAUUCUUUUUGACAACAGUUUCAGUAAGGUCACUUACUCAUUUAUUUUUCAUUGUGAGUAUAUUUUUUGUUUAAACACUGUUAUAAAUACAGAUUUUAAUUUUUAUAUUGCUGUGAUCUAUACAUUUAAAUAUUAAAUAACACCAGCACUAGCAUUUAUGAAAACCGUACAUGUAUAAGUAAAUAAUAUAAUUGAAACCUGUCCACCAAGCUUGAUGAGGUGCGCUUGGGGUUUCCUCAGGUCUUCAUUAUCACCCUACUACCCCGAGUUUCAAUUCUUUAUACCAUCUCUUAUUUAAUUUAAUUUUUUUAUUUUUAUAUUUUAUUAUUAUUUUAUUUUAAGUUUAUAAUUAUAUAUAAUUUCAAUUUUUAUUCAUUAUCUGAAUUGUGAAACAGUUAAUUUUUAUAAAAAAAACAAAAUUAAAGGUAAUUGUCAAAACCCUACAAAAUAAAAAAGAAGCAACCAAAUCGGUUGAGUAGUUCCCGAGAAAAUCUUGGCACAGACAGAGCAAUGGCUAAAAAUUUGUUUUUCGUAAUCAGGGGGCUCUGAAACAUAUAGAUCCGUCAAAAACCGCAUAUUGGAAAUUUGACCCGAUUGCAAUACUUUUCUUACUUAGUAUAGGUAGGAAAGUAAUAAAAUAACCUAAAGAUAAGUAAAUCAAAAAACAUAAAAACACAGUCAUACCUAUAUACAAUUGGGCAGGGAACCCCGAGCCAGGCUUCUGCCCCAACUAUAGAAGGAAAAGCAGGACUCUAUGAGAUCCGCAUCACUGGUGCUAAAGCCAGUGGAGUUUGAGCGAGAGCACUAUAGCCACAUACACUCAUGUCUUGAGUGGAGAAUCUGGCCAUUGCCAGAACUCCAAGAUAUAUACUACAAAAGAUAUCUGGCCACUGCCACUUCAACCUUCGAGGAGGAUUGUAGGGAUGAAUGGAACUAGAUAGGGAUUGUGCUAGGGGAUUUGGAUGAUUUAUAAGGUUCUGAUGGAAUCUGGGAAAUUUUUCAAUAAUAUACACACAAUGGAAGCACCAAAAGCUAUUCUGCAAAUAAAGUUGUAAAAUAUAAUAGACUGUCAAUGGUAUAAAAAACUUGAUCUUAUAUGAACACAUAAAACAGUCUUAAAUACCUAAUAAAUAAUAAAAUUAAUUCUGUUUAUUAUUCUAUUUCAGCAAGCCAACUAGCUGAAGAAGAUAGUCACAUUAUAUUAAUAAUAGACCUUAAUACUAUACCAACACUGGAUAUUUCUGUAGAAAAAGAAGAUUGUCCAAAACAAAUUUCUUUUAACUCGAAGCCAACAACAGUAAUCGUAGAAUGUUUAAAAGAAAACGGACGAUCUCUGAUAUUUAUCAGAAUGUAAGUGAAUAUACAGCCAAACGAACAUAUAAUUAUGAACAAUUACAUGAAAUAAAUGAAGCUGUCUUAAAGUCAAAUCUAUAUAAAUAUAAAUAUGAACAAGAAAAAAGAGUUAAAUCGUGUUAAAUUUGAAAAGGAAACAGGAUUAGUUCAUAUAAAAUUAGAACAAGAAAAAGAAUUAGGUCAUAUAAAAUUGGAGUUCGAAAAGGAGGUGAAUUUGCUUAAAAUACAGCAAGAAAAAAUAAAGCUAAUGUUUGAAGAAAAAAAAUUAAAAGUAGAAAUAUUAAAAGCAAAAGCUUUGCAAGAAAAAAAUAAAAUAAAAAAUAAUCUGCUCCCAACCUUUUUUUAUUAUAUAUUUUUACAAUUAAAAAUAUGUUUUAGUUUUCAGAAGUCUCACCUCACUGAAGGUAUUUAUAUGAGUGUAGUCACUAUUUAAGUUUCUAGUAUCAGUUUCGUAAUUUAUUGAUUUUUCUAUAUUUUUGGCAAUAUGGAUUGCUUCUCUUUUUCUGUGUGUUUAAUUAUGCUUAUAAUUUUUUUUCAUUAUCAAAAUCAAAGCUAUGGUUUUUUAUUAUACUGUGUUGUGAGAGGGUUGUAGUAUUUAUGUUGAUUGAUUCUUGUUUUUUGGAGGUCUUUCAUACAGAGAUGGGCAAAUGCUACUCUUGAGUACCGAAUAUUUUACUCAAAUCGAAUUACUAUUGGGAAUUCAAUAACUACUUCAGUUAAUUGUUCGACAUCAACUGAAGUAGUAAUUAAAUUCUUUGGUUCUCUAAAAAGGUUAGUAUUUGAGUAAAAUACUUAGUACUCAUUACUCAGAGUAGCAUUUGGCCAUCUUUGCUCUCUUACGUAUGAUUAGUUACAAUGUUUACAUUCUAUUUCAUAAAUGGUUUUCUAAGUUAUUGUAUAUUACUAGUUUUAUACUGUUGUGGUGAUCAGUGCUUUUUUAAUUUUAUUUGCCAAAUUUGGAAUAUAUUAUACUUUAUGAUAUUUAUUAUGUUGUAUUUUAUUUGUGAUUUCUAUUGUAUCUUUUAUUUUAUUUAUCUUUAUUAUUUUGUCUAUAAAAAUCUGUUAUUAAUGUUUGAUUUUUUUUUUUUCUAUUUUUAUUGAUUGUAUAAUUGUUUCUAGGUCAGAUAUAAUUUAACUAUUUCUUCAUCUUUAUUAUUGAAAAUUAAAAUUGUCUCCUAAUGUUAGGAGAUUAUUUAUGUUAAUAGGUAUGUUUUUAUUUGUUUUGUUUAAUGUUUUUAAUUGUUUUGUUUGUUUUAAGUUUACUAUUUCCAAUGGAUGCAUAUAAUUCCUUUUAUAUUUGUAACUAUGUGAUUUCUUUUAACAUUUUUGGCAUUAAUUGAGGUUAAUUUGGUGUGAUCUUCUAUAUCAAAUAAAUUACUGAUUUUUAUUUUAUUAAUGUCAGUUUUUUUUUUUUUUAUUCUAUUUACCUUGAUGUUAAGAUUUUCUUUUUGAUCAUUUUCCAAUGUAUUCAUUUAUUAAAUGAUUUAUAUUUGAGUUCUUCUUAUUCUAAAGAUUUUCUAUUUUUUUAUUUACUAUCCAAUAGGUUUGUUUUAUUUAUAGGUCUAUAAUUUUAUUGGCUAAUUUUCUAAAAUAAUUACGAUUAUUCGUAUUUAUUAAAAAUAAAUUAUCAAGGGUUUGUAUCUUAUAAUAUAUAUGGGGGAAUUUUAUUUUAUAUUUUAUGUUGUUUAAGAAAGAAGAACAUUACAUCAGGUAAAAUAAAAAUGAAUUGUACAAGUAUAUAGUAUAGUAUAUUGUUAUAUUAAAAAAAAAUUGUAACAAAUCUUAAGUUGGUCUAACAGUUUUUAUAAUAGUCUCAGAGGAUGGAUAAAGAUCACAAAACGUUAGAGAAAUGAAAUAAAUAUGAUUACAUGGAAGGAAGAAACAAAUUUUCAUAGAAAUAAUACCUACAUAUUUAAUGAAAGUUUUGAAUACACCUUAGGCAAUUUCAUUUUUUCUUUUUGACUGAUAAUGUACUAGCAUAGUUAAUAUAAAAUUAAUGAUAAAAUACUUUUAUAAUGGUGGAGAUUACUAUUCAGAGCCAUAGUAAAUGGUAAUAGUAAAGUGCUUUAUGAAAUAAUUGACUUACAGAAUGUAUUUAUUAACUUUUUACCUCAGAUAGCCACAUCGAUCCAACCAGAAAUAAGGUAUGCACAUUUGUACACAAAUAAAUUCAUAAGACAUAUACACUGCAAAUCUUUUACUAAACUAAAACAAGAAAUAUUGUUAAGGAAGUAAAAAUAAAUUGAUAUAUUCCUUGUCAAUUUGAAAAAUUGGUAUUAAUCAAUGGUCUAUGGGUAGGGAUAUUAUUAUCAGCUGUAAUUUAUGGAGGGAAAGUAGAAUCUUGAAAAUCAUCUUCAGUCUCUAAUGCAAUAUUGUGCAAGACCACAACAGCAACAACAUUUAGUGGUUUUCAGGCUUCAUUCUUAUUCAAUUGACAAGGCAAGGGGAUCUUCUUUUCAUCACACCAAACACUCUCUCAUUUGGUAUUUCUUGUUUUUAUGUGAGCAGCAUUAUAUUCUUCUUCGGCUGCAUUGCUGGGAUUUAAAAUGGGAGUAAGUCAUUUUUAUAUUAUAUUUGUUUAUUUAGAAAUAUUACAUUCUGUCACAUCAAGGACAUUUAUAAUAGUGUUCAGAGAAAGCACACUCACACUCUAUUUACAAUAAAAAAAAAAAAAAAAAUACAGAAACUUAAUAAUAAUAAAUACAAUAAAAUAAAAUAAAAAUAAAUACAAUAAAAUAAAAUAAAUGUAUAUAAACAAAAGAACUAACCUAAUCAUACACACUCGGGCUUGAGUGGAGGAUCUGGCCAUUGCCAAAACUCCAAUAGAUGCUUAUUUACAAAAGGUCUCUGGGCCACUGCCGCUUCAACCUUCGAGGAGGAUUGUAAGGAUGGGUGGUGCUGGAUAGAGAUUGUGCAAGGGGAUUUGGAUGAUAGGUAAGGUUCUGGUGAAAUUUGGAGAAUUUUUCUGGAAUAAGGUCUAGGACAAAUGGGAUAUUAAGGUCAUGGUGUAGGAUUUUGUUAUUUACAUAGAACGGAGCAUCAACUAUUGUUCGAAGGACUUUAGAUUGAAAGGAUUGAAUACGUUUGAUGUUAGAAGCUUUUGCUGUCCCCCACAGUUCAAGUCCGUAUGUCCAUAUAGGUUUCAGUAUUGUCUUGUAGAUAAGUAAUUUGUUUUCAAUAGAAAGUUUGGAUUUUCUGUUUAGUAGUCUGUAUAGCUG